CAAUUUGAUAUGAAUUCAAUCGAAUAAAGAAUCAAUGAGUAUCUCGAAUAAAUUGAACUUCAAAUAACUGAUCCUACACAGAAAUAAUAAAGCUAUUUCGAAAAUGUGAGACAUCAUAUCAAAUCUUAUGAACAUAAAUGUUAGAAUGAGCCAGAAGCCAUGUCACCUUUUUCUUUACGAGAAAUCUGUAGUCCAAUUGAAUAAAUAAAAACAUGCUACUCUAAAUCUGAUGAGUUAUUAAGGUUGAAUCCCUUUCACAGAAAUAAUUUGCAUAUAAUAAUUCAUUGCAAGAAGCAGAUGGCUCAAAUUUGAA